AAGAAAAUUGUAACAUAUCUCAGAGCCGACUUUUUCCUUCUACAGUUUUCUGCUAAGUCCUCCCCAGAACGUUUCCACGUUACCGACUGUAUUUAUAAGACCGUCCCAGAAGAUUUUAUCUUAUACCAAAGAAACGAUCUGCCCAGCGUUCUGCUGGUACGAGAGUACAGUUUUCAGUUCAGUGACAAGUUUUCAGAAGUUAACCAAUUCGUGUGAAGUUUGUCGUCAUGUUUGGCAAGGCUUUAGCAUUGUUUGCAACGACACUCGCUGUUGCCGUGGCAAGUCCAGUAUACGGUCCAAUUUCUUAUGGUCCAGCGUUGUCAUACGGAUACGCAGCGAAAGCAGUUCAACCGCUACACACGGUAGCGGUUGCCAAACCGAUAGUAGCUGCCGCACCAAUUAUCCAGCAUGCACCCAUCGUUGCGCAUGCACCGGUUGUCGCACCCGUUUUAAAGCAUGUUGAGGCGUACGAUCCUAAUCCACACUACAGCUUCAGUUACGGAGUUUCGGAUCCACACACCGGCGACUCCAAACACGCUGAGGAAACACUAGCCAACGGAGUCGUGCAUGGAAGUUAUUCACUAACAGAGCCAGAUGGUACUAUCCGCAAAGUUACCUAUACGGCGGAUAAACUUCACGGUUUCAAUGCCGUGGUGGAAAAAUCAGGCCAUGCCGUUCAUGUGGCACCUGUUAUUAAGAAGGUAGUCGCGGCUGCUCCAGUCGUACAUGCGGCUCCGUUCGGAUAUUACCACCACUGACGACACACGCAUCGGAACUGCCGUUUAGCUCAAUUAGUAGGAUAUGCACCACUUAACUUGUAAGAAUAGUGUGUAAUUACAAAGAAUUCAAGCAAAUUGUCUCCGUUACAAUGGAGAUGGUAAAAAUCGACAAAAAUGAAUAAAUGUUAAAUGCGUAUUAUACCUAGCUGCAUGUGCAGUAACAAA